UGCACUGUGCUAUAUGUUCACCGCUGCAGCGCUUCUGGAGCAUUAGCCUGCUAGCUAACUAGCGGGCUAACUGCACUAGGCUAAGCUAACGCUAACGGAGUGUUUAUAGUGGAGCUGAGCGACAACAUUCAGCCGUGUGGUGAUCAUCAGCGCUCCUGUUUAAAGUUCUGAAACAUUUCUUUAUCCGGCAGGAUUCUCUUAUUAAUCUGUUCUAUCAGGCUUUAUUUCAUUUAAACGCGUCUGAUUCUGAGAAACCAGUUUGACAACUUAGUUCAACUCAGAACAGAGGAGUCAGAUCCAGCUCCAGGGAGGAAAAUCCACCCCAGUGUUUUAAACCAGUACUGGAGCAGAUUCUCAUUUCUGGACCUGGAGUUCCCUCUGUGUGUCCUGGAGAGUGUGAUGAGAAUAUUGAGCAGGAUGAUGUAUCAGAGAGCUGAGGCACCUCAAGAACAUGAGUUCCAUAGAAGAUAGCCACACCUUACGGCCCCGAAAGAAUCCUCAGAGGACAUGCCGUACCAUCGCUGAGCUUCUUAUAGAGGGUUCGAGAACUGCUUCACAGCAGAGAAGCUCUAAAGAAGCUCCUAAAUCUGUCCAAUCCCAAGGGGAGAUAAAAGCAAGAGGAAGGGUAAAGAAACCUGAAGCUUACCCGACUUCUCCUUCACCUUUGCCCACACAAACAAAGACCACCAAUGCAUCUCCAAGUUUAUCUCGAAGCUCAAAGGCCAGUAAACCGACAGUGCCUUCACAAACCACAGUAUGUCCGCAAAGGACACCAAAAAGACCUAACAAAGGGAGAAAAAAGACACAGCCUGUAUGUGAGAAGGCAGAUGGAUUGGAUUUAGGUGCUAAUGUGGAACCAGCGAGGCAGAAUGGCUGCCCCUGUGUUGUACACUGCACCAGCACAGUUAACUCUGAGGAAGCCCCUCGAAAAAAAGCCAAAGUGAGAGGAGUUCGGUGCUCUAAAAAGGCUGUCAAGCACCGAACCCCAGAAGAAAUGCCCACUGCUCUUCACACAUGUUCUACACUAUCCUCCAAUCUGGACGCUCCUGACUCACCCAGCUCCAGACUGAGCACACCCAAAGCCAGUCGACGUCGACCAUCUCCAGCAUUCAGCUCCACCCCAGUGAGCAUCAGGCACCUUUCUGCAGUGACUCUGGAUCCUGUCGAGAUUGCCAAAACACAAUGUAAUGCAAUUGAUGACCAUCAGAGUCCAGUAAAGAGAGGAGAGCAUUCAGAUUCAGCUCCAAAAAAGAAGAGAGGUCGACCUCGGAAAGAUCGAGCUCCAGACAUACAGCAGAAGAAGAGGAAAGAGCGCAAUGUUUCUGCUGCAGCUGCGGCCAAACGUCACAAGAUGAAAAAUGGCUCAGAUGUGGACCCUCAGGAGCAGUCAGCUGACCGGGUCAGGCCUCGCUUCCAGCUCCAUGAAUCCGAGCUUCAGGAUCCUGAUCUCCAGGAGCCAGAUGAGGACCUGUCAUCUGACCUGUCCAUUGAGCUGAGUCUGAGGGAAGAGCCAGACGCCAUCAACCACUCACUCUCACUGCAGGAGGAGGAUGAGGAAGAUGAUGAAGAGGAACUGCCAUCUUUUUUACAACAGACCAAUGACAAGCCUUCAUCAAUUAAAGAGGGACUGUGUGUGUGGUGUAAAAUCAGAAAAUAUCCUUUUUGGCCUGCCAUGGUUAAAAGUGUGAACCACAAGAGCAAGAAGGCCAGCAUUGUGUUUAUUGAUGGACUUUUGUUUGAUAAGAAGAGGAUCAGGAAGGGCUUCACUGUGUCUUUGAGGAAGCUGAAGCCAUUUGACUGUGAGGAAUCGCACCUGUUAGUGGCCUUAGCCAAAGAGAGUUUAGGAGAUACUAUUACCUGGUGUCUGAAUCUUAUUACGGACUACAGAAUUCGUAUUGGAUGUGGUUCUUUUGUUGGUUCCUUUAUUGAAUACUUCACUAAUGAUAUCAGUUCUCCUGUGAGGAGGCAGUAUCCUGAGGGUGCGUCUGAGCUGACCUUUCCCAGCCAGCAGCUGCUGAGUGAGGAGCCUGAAUGCGAGGGAGAAAACGCAGGAGAGCUUGAGGAGGAAGAGAUUGAACAGCCCAACGAGAUCCACUCAAAAAAAGUGCUACCGGAUCGGUCACUGGCUGCCCGUAACCGUGCCAACAAGAGGCUGGUGGAGUUCAUAGUGGAGAAACGUGGAGUUGAAAACCACUUAAAGGCAGUGAUCUGUGGUCAGGAGCCAUCGAAGUGGCUGGAGGCACUGCAGAGCUGCAGCCGCUCAGUGGUGGAUGUGUACCUGGAGGAUGAGGAGCAGGUGGACAAGGUGUACCGCUACCUGCAGAAACUGUGCGAGUCUGCAGACCAAACCAACACGAGCCUGGAGAACACUGACCGCAUCUCAUUCAUACUGGACGUGCUUCUGCCUGAGGCUAUUAUUCAUGCCAUAGCUGAAGUGGACCGGCUGUCCCUGGUCAAAGCUGAGGAGAAGUAUCGGCGAGGACCUUGUCACAGUAACAGAGAACGGCAGGAAUUUGAUAUGAUGAUUGAGCAGCAGAUGAAGCUGAAGCCGUGACUGUGAGGCCGUCACUGUGACAACUCUAGAUGGGAGGAGCUUGUUCGAGUGCAUUAAUGAACAAUUUCAGCAGCAGAAAAAAGUGCAUGAAAUUCUCCUUUUUUAAUCACUUACUGCAUUUACACUCUAUUACAAGUCACGACUACGUGACUCAACACGACAUGUUUAUUAUUGUGAAUGUGAAAUAAUAUUUUUAAUAAAACAAUCAUGAAUUUGUAA